AAUAAGGCUGAAGAGAAAAGUAAAGCAGAGUCAGGACGUGAACAGGCUCACAGCUUGUGAAACCUCUGGCAGGUUAAUGAUUAAACUAGUUCUGUUUAUUGCAAAUCACAGAGAGGUUGCAGUUUUCAGUUUUCUGGUAGUUCGAAGUGAAAAACAAUGCAGCGUGUGUGUGUGUCGGACUUUGAGGAGGAAGCCAGGAAAACUCUUCCUAAAGCUGUGUAUGACUACUACCGCUCAGGAGCUGAUGAGCAGAAGACACUAGCUGACAAUGUGGCUGCCUUCAACAGGUAAAACAGACGUGUGGACAGUGUUGGGAAGGUUACUUUUAAAAUGUAUUCCACUACAGGUUACAGAUUACAUGCCCCAAAAUGUAUUCUGAUGGCUCAUCCUGAAGGAGAGACAGCCACAGCAAAAGCAUGCAGAGCAAUGGGAACUGGGAUGAUGCUGAGUUCCUGGGCCACCUCAACAGUAGAGGAAGUGAUGUCAGCAAUGACUACCUCACUGGGCAGCGGUGGUGUCCUCUGGCUGCAGCUCUACAUCUAUAAAGACAGAGAGCUCACGCUGUCGUUGGUGCGCCGGGCCGAGAAGGCGGGCUAUAAAGCCAUCUUUGUUACCGUGGAUACACCAUACCUAGGGAAGAGAUUGGAUGAUGUGCGCAACCGCUUUAAGAUGCCCCCACACCUGAGUAUGGCGAACUUCUCAACAGCCUCCCUGGCUUUCUCUGAGGGAGACUACGGCAAUGACAGCGGCCUGGCUGUUUAUGUUGCAAACGCCAUAGACCCCUCUAUCUGUUGGGAUGACAUCACGUGGCUGAAAAAACACACACGCCUCCCUGUGAUUGUGAAAGGAGUAUUAAAUGGUGAGGAUGCUGCCAAGGCUGUGAACUGUGGGGUCAGUGGCAUCCUGGUGUCCAAUCACGGAGCUCGGCAACUGGACGGGGUUUCUGCCACGCUAGAUGCCUUGGAGGAGGUGGUGAGGGCAGUGCAGGGUCGAUGUGAAGUCUACAUGGAUGGAGGAGUGAGACGCGGGACAGACAUCCUGAAGGCCUUAGCUCUGGGAGCAAAGGCUGUUUUCAUUGGUCGACCUGUGCUGUGGGGCCUUGCCUGUCAGGGGGAACAAGGAGUUAUUGAGCUUCUGGAGCUCCUGAAAGAUGAACUGCGACUGGCUAUGGCCCUGUCAGGUUGUCGUUCAGUUUCUGAAGUAAGCAGGUCCCUGGUCAGGAGAAUGGACUUCACCUCGAGGAUGUGAGAGAACCGAAGAAUACACGAAUCAUUUUUCUAUGAAUCACUGAAUGAGUUCUUGAUGUCAAAACAAAGUGCUGUUUCCUGUUAAAAUGUAAUGUUUUUAAAGUGGUGCUUUUGACUAGAGCAUGUAAAAACUGAUACUAAAUACAGAGCUGGAGCUGAUUGUGAGUAGUGAACUUGUAUUUAGUAUCUUUUAACUGAAACGCUCAAUAUUGAGAUUAAAUCUAACUGUGAAUUGUUAAUAUAAAUGUGUUGUUUGAUUGAGAACUUUCGAAUCACAUCACAUCUAGCCCCGUCAAAAACACUUAAGGAUGAAGUUGUUUCGUUAGCAAAGUCGAAAAUCAACAGUUUUUAUUUUUGUUCAGUUUUGACUU